AGAGGUGGGGGUCCAUUCAUGCUUUACUUCUGGCUUUUAAGAGUCCAGUCGAGCGGACGGCAUACCUUCGCGCAUAGGUCGAUCUCGUCCGACGUUCCGUUUCACUCGACCUCGGCGAACGUUUUACUCGUUUCAUUCCCGAGAGGACACGUAAGAACCCCAUAGAAAGGAGUCUCACUUGGACAAUAGAUCGAUCGAUCGAUCGAUAAAUACGACGAAUAAUUUCGGGCAACGAUUGGAAAAUUCAGUGAGGAGUGCGCGACACGCUCUAUCGGCCCACAGAAGGACCAUAGGAGAUCGGGCACCGUUCUUUCAUGUUUCUAGAAAUCGAACGGUGGUGGAACUCGAGAGAAAGAUAAGAGAGAAUUUCGAGUCACGGUAAACAGAAACACGUGACGUUUGUGUUGACGAAUUGUAACGGUUGAAAUAACUUUAGAGAACGGAGCAACGGAUCGACAAAUAUUCGAGAUUCCAAUUGCGCGUGUGAUUCUUCGCAAUUUUAUCCAAAAGAUUCUUUCGUAUUUUUUAAUUCAAGGGGGAAUAUCCCUCGCGGAAUCAUCCAAGUGAUUUAUUAUCGGGGAAGACUCUUCUCUCGAUAAUUCAAGUCUGAAAGUCGCGAAAAUGGACUUUAAAUAAUAAGAAAUUAUCGACGUUUAUAAAUCGAGCUUUCUAAAUCUAUCUUUAUGAUUAUUCUACUGCAAAUACUUUUAUUACGAAUAUUCUCUCGAUUCUCUCGCUCAUUUCGAACGCCACAUUGCGCAAAUAAAAAUCUUUUUAUCGCAUCUCCAAUCCGUUUUCCAAUCACGAGUAAAACGCGAUAAAUUUCCCUCCGAACGAACGAAAGAAAGCGACGAACAAGCGACCGCUGGGUUUUUUUUUAUUGAGAAGAAUUUGACUCCUCUCGCGUGAGACAAGAUGACUGGCAAAGCAAUAGGGCACCUGCUGUACAUCCUGCUGGCGAUCAUCAGCGUCGUCCGUCGGAGCCAAUGCGAGUUCCUCGAAAGGAUCGAACACGACGAUUAUCUAAACGAGUAUUUACUCUUCGACGAGAGCAAGUACCUCGCCGAAUUGCAAGAAUUCGACGAUACAAUGCUCGAGAUCGAUCUUAUCAAUCGUAACAGAAGGCACAGAUUGACGCAUGAGGAGCCCAGGGUGCUCUACCAAGUGGGGGACAGCGAGAAGGAAUUACCAGAGUGCGCGGACCGGAGCGAGGUAUGUAGCAAGGUGGAUUUAUAUGGUGCACCGUGGGUCGAGAGACAAUGUCGUUGCCCGAAUGGCCGUGCCUGCCCCAGCAGUCUUCACGAGGACGACGGACAUACGAUCAUCGAUAAAACGCGCCGCUACAAGCUUUGUGAACCCGUGAAACGACUUCCUAUCUGUCGUUACUUCAAAGACAUUACAUGGACUCUAGCACCCGGAGGAGGUCCAGCAAACGCGACUGUACAACGAGUUCACUGUCGAUGUCGGCCAGGUAGUGUGCCGUAUCUAGUUCGCAGGCAACCUCAUAGAUCACCGGAUGGAAAUCAAGGCUUUAUCUACGCCUUCGCUUGCUCUCCGCAAAGCAGAUUACGAUGCCAGCAUAAAGAGCCCUGUCGUCUGUUCACCGUACGUAAGAGACGUAAUUCGCAACUCGAGGAGGUGAACGCCUCGCCACUUUGCCAAUGUCCCCGAGGACAUCGAUGCCCGCGACGACACACAGAUCCUGGCUCCUCACCGGCGAGAUCCUACGCCGGUGUCUUAGAAAUCAAGACCUACAGCGGUUAUUGCAUACCAGCCCACAGCUUCGAUAAAGUGACUUAUGGUAUCUAAAGGAUCGUACAAUCCAUAUACCUUCAUUCAACAAUAUAUCGGCGGUGACGAUGAUCCGGGAUUUUUGCUACGCGCGAAACAUAUUACAGUAUCGUAAUUAAAUUACGUUUUCGUAAAAAAUGACAUCAUGAUUGUAUUAGUAUUCUCUUAAAAGCGCAUUAAUCAAACAUAUUUAGCCAAUUGUCGUAUCAACGUAGCCCCACUAAUGUCAAUAAUAAUCUGAAAAUCUUUGCGGCAUCUGUUCCUCGCAAAUAAAGCGCGCUUAAUUCGUUCAUCGACACGAUAACGACGACAGGAAAUUGAUAUAUUUAUCAACUGAUCAGGCAUCAUUGACCGUAAAACGCCGUGUAGCAUUUCUAAUGGCGCGUUGGCGAAAAAUGUUAAAUGUAAAAAUAUGUACAAAAGUAUAUAGAGAUAAGAAAAUUGCGCAUGCCACCUAUACAAUUUUGUAUAAUAUAAUGUUUGGAUCCUUCCUCGCUUUGUAUUCCCAUUAAUAACUUGAUCAUAUUAUUGUACAUCUCUUGUAGCAACGAUGAGUCAUUCCAUUCUAGUGCUAUCUAUUCACUUUAAAUAUCCCUUUGCAGAAUACUAUAAACGUCGCAGUUAAAUAUUAUUUUAAUCGAUAUAACUUGUAUAUAUCUGGUCUCCGAUCUUCUCGAAAUGUCACUCGAGAAUUAUAUUUGUACAUGAUAGAGAGAGCGAGAGAGAGAGAGAGAGAGAGAGAGAGAGAGAGAGAGAAAAGAGAUUGUAAGACGAUUCGGAACUCUCUCAAUGUUAUAUUUGUUAUUUUACUUUAACUUAAUAAAAAAUAUGACAAUA